AUGGAACUUACAAUGGAGAACAUCGGCAACAUGCAUGGCGUCUCGCACUCGCAAGCGGGAGAACUGAUGAACGCGUCGCACGGGAGACCAUCAUCAUCAGCGUCCCACCGGAACCUGGUGUCGCACGGGCGCUCAGCGAUGGUCUCCAGCAUGGCUUCUAUUCUGGAGGGCACCGCCGGCGAGUACCGGCCAGAACCAGCACUAUCGGGCCACCUGCACCCAGCGAUGAGCAUGUGUGAGUCAGGCAUGAGCCUGUCCAACACUUACACGACACUCACUCCGCUUCAGCAUCUUCCCCCGAUCUCGACCGUGUCAGACAAGUUUCACCACCCGCACCCGCACGCGCACCAUCACGCCGCGCACCAGCGUCUCGCCACGGGCAACGUGAGUGGAAGCUUCACGCUCAUGCGAGAUGACCGCGGCCUGGCCUCCGUCAGCAACCUGUACGGACACUAUCCUAAAGACAUGACCGCUAUAGCGCCGCCCUUGUCGCCGCUGUCCAACGGGCUCGGAUCUCUGCACAACUCUCAGCAGGCUCUGUCCGCGUACGGGCCGAGCGCGCACCUCGCCAACGACAAGAUGCUCUCCGGUGGCUUCGAUUCGCAUGCGGCGAUGCUUUCGCGUAGCGAGGAGCACAUAGCCCGCAGCCUGGGGGGCCACGGACACGGCAUGAUCUCCAACCUGAACGGUAUGCACCCCCACGGACACCUGCACUCGCAGGCCAACGGAUCCAUGUUGGGCGAGCGCGAGAGGCACGCGGCCGCAGGCGGGCACGGCGUUGGCGGGAACGGUGGUGGCUCGGGCCAAGUGGAGGAGAUCAACACGAAGGAAGUGGCUCAGCGCAUCACGGCCGAGUUGAAGCGCUACAGCAUCCCGCAGGCCAUUUUCGCGCAGAGGAUCUUGUGCCGAUCGCAGGGCACCCUGUCGGACCUGCUGCGCAACCCGAAGCCCUGGAGUAAGCUGAAAUCCGGGCGCGAGACCUUCCGGAGGAUGUGGAAGUGGUUACAGGAGCCCGAGUUUCAGAGGAUGUCCGCGCUCAGGUUGGCCGCCUGCAAAAGGAAGGAGCAGGAGCAGCACAAAGACCGCAACCUGGCGCCCAAAAAACAGCGGCUGGUCUUCACCGACCUGCAGCGCCGCACGCUCAUUGCCAUCUUCAAGGAGAACAAGCGGCCCAGCAAAGAGAUGCAGCUCACCAUUUCGCAACAGCUCGGACUGGAGCUCUCAACCGUGAGCAACUUCUUCAUGAAUGCCCGCCGUCGCUGCGUCGACCGCUGGCACGAAGAACCCAGCACCAGCCCUGGGCAGCCUGGCACCUCAGCCACCACCUUCUCCAAGGCUUGA